AAAGUGGGCCAGACCUCAGACGAAGACUGCGGCGGGAGCGUCUCCGCCUAGGUUCCGACUUAACAUUUGUUGCUGAAGCUGGUUGCAUUCAGAAGAUGCGGCGAUUCUGUCUCCUCCUAUCGGUUCUCUGUCUACUUGUUGCUGUGUGUGUUUCCUUUGCGGCUGCCAGAUCGUUGUGUCUCGAGGGGAACGAAGAAUGCAAGUUGCGGGAGCGAAGAGUAUGGCCUCCGCCCAACGAAAACAUGGCGCCGUUGCAGUGGCCUCCCAAGUGGAACCCGGAGCCAAUGCAGUGGCCUCCGAAGGCUAAGAGGACUGAUGACGAGGAGGUGGAGUUGGAAAAUGAGGUGGCGGCAAAGUUUGAGCGUCUCUGGCCAACGAUACGAAGAUACCUGGAACGGCAUUAUAUGAAACCUGAACUGGAAUGACAUCCGGUGAUCAACGACUACCGUCUGUUUCUUAACCAGGAAAAAAAUCAAAACCACCAGCUGAGGGAGUAGGAGUUCUACAUUGGAUUGGCAUAGCGUGAUGGAUACGUCUUUUGUCUCCAACGUCAUUUAAAAAACUAAAACGGCUGUACUUUAGAGACCAUUACGUAGAUAAAGCUCUGUGGCAUUCCGACACACUUACUGUAAAUUGGUUGUUAAGGUAGAACCGAGCGCAGUGUGAUGAUAUACUGUUGGGUUGAAUCACCUGUGAAUUUCCGAGGAUAGCGAACCACUGUUGAAACAAAGUCAAAUCAAUAAUACGGGAGUCCCAAUCGUCUUAUUCGUCAUUUUUUUUAAACAAAUAGGCAAACCGCAAAAGGCAGACUUUCUGUCGUUCAAAAUUCCUGAGGACCUUUGUUAACGUUGUAUACUGUGAUAAUAUAAAAUGUACUUAAUGCACUAUGGUAAAAAAAAGAACUAUGGUAAAAAAGUAACGGUUGAGAAUUGAUAACAACCCUUACCAGAGUGUAAUAAUAGUAUGGAUAUUAUAUUCUUGAGUGGAACGUUCAGAAAGAUAGAAACUUCAGGUCCCUCGAGUAGACAGAGUUAUCUCUUAUAGUUCAUGAAGUAAGUACAACAGCGGCGUCUUUUCAAAUAGGACGGAUGGCAACGGAGCCAGUAAUAUAUGUGAAUAAAAUGAU